AUGGAAGCCAACUCCUCAGAAAUGAUCCACGAGCUCCACGGUGACUUGCAGCGCAAAUGGGAAGCUCAUGGCCCCAAAGUCGAAACUGCCUGGCGAUCGUUCAACAAAGCCCAACGCGCGAAAUGCAUGAAAGCCGGCUCAGCAGAUGGAGUUGUCCUCAAGCACUCGUCGGAUAUAUCGCUAGGCAACACCUAUAAGUUCAUUCCUGAAUGGAACCUCGCAGACAUCACAGAGCCUAACUCAGAUUUCCUCCUCGAUAUUCUCAAGCAUCGCGCCACGAAAACCCUGUUUGAGCAAUAUGCCGAAGGCGUCAGUGGCACGCUCGGAGACCGCCAUCUCAUCGAGAAGAUGGUUAGGGAGAAGAACCUCCGCCACGUCGACCCUUUCAAGCAUUCCUAUACCUACUUCUAUGACGAGAAGUACGGCGAGUCAUUUACAGUUCAACCCAAGCAUCUUGAUGAGGUUAUGAAAGGCCUGCGCAUCGCUGUUGACCAUGGUGUUCUCAUCCCGCGAUCACUAGGAGAGCUCGUUCUUCAGCGGCAAAUCACCAUCCUGCAACUCCUCAACGUUAUGAUAGAGGAUAUCCUGGAUCAAGGAUCGCAGACAAGAAAUCGAGGCGGGCCGAAGAAGCAAUUUAAGAAUGCACCUCUUUCCGAGUCAGCCUCCAAGCAGACGACAGUCAAACUUACGCUCCAGGAAGUAGCCGCCAUUGCUUCUGACCAAAGGUCUUCUCUGGAAGAGUACCUAUCUCUUCUCCGAACCGAGCCUACGGUCCUAUGUCCUGGUGUCAACGUUCAGUUCUUCAGCCGCCCAGAGCUUGUACCCGACGAAAAGGGCCGCUCGCUGCCAGUCCAUACCGACAAGUACAUCGGACCCGCUGUCUUCGAGACAAUCCACCAUGCAGUCCAAGGCAUCGCUAUCUGGGAGUCCAUCACAGGCCUCCUUGAUCUUCUUGAGAAACCGUCUGCCGACAAGCUCUACAAGUCCACAAUUCUCCAAGAGCUGUCAAACAUGUGCCAUUUCGAGUACGCUCGUACGCAAGCGCUGUUUAAGCGCCAAGUCUCGACAGGAACUGGAUCUAAAUGGUUUAAAAGGAUUUCCAAUGCAUAUGAUAGCUCAGGAAAUGCUAAGGUCUCGAUGAAAGGCAAGCCGGAAGAGCUCACGCGCUCUGACCCUCAGCUGCACUACUUGCUGCGACUGUGUCAGCCAGAGACUACAGUCACAAAAGCAGUUGAGUGGAUGGAGAAGCUCAGCGAUCUCUACAAGGCGCAUCCUCUGGAGCGAGAGAAGCUUGACGAGAGGGAGUCCCGUACGCUUCAUGACGUGGCUGCCAUCAUCGCAUUCAUCCUGGAUUUGUCAGCUGUGCACUCGUUUCCCUCUGCAUCGCGUAAGAAAGGGAACCUACUAGUCACCGGCCUACAAGAGGUCGAUACCGAGCUCAAUCAGAUCAAGAAGGAAGUUGACCUGCGCGACUAUGCUGCCCCAAUCGAUAAUCUUCUCGAACCCGGCAUGUCUGCUAAAGCACUAGAAGCUCUGGAUGAGUUUGUCGUGGAGAAGACAGGCACGAAAAUGGGGUCUCUGUACCAAGAUGAACUAGAGAAGGCGUUCCGAAACGUCGAAGAACAAUACCAGCAUGCAAAGGAUAAGGCAAACAAGGAUAGCAAGGUGGGCUUUAUUCCAAUCGACACCACUCCCGUGGACGCAAAAGAAAGAAUCGAGACCCGAAGACAGAAGGAAAAGACACGCCCAGAACACUCCUCCCUCUACGCGAUCACCCCAAUCACAGACUCUCUUGGAGACAAGGAAGCUACAAAGCCGGCCCAGCCAGUAAAGGUCAGCUCAUCGACAGCCGGGGUCUUUGCGACCCUCUUCGACAAGACUCAAUCACGAGGAUCGGUUAACUGGUCAUCGUUCGAGGCGGCCAUGUCUGAGCUGGGAUUCUCGGUGCUGCCCCGAUUUGGAUCUGUUUACACGUUCAGACCGUCUGAGGACAUGGAUAUCAAGAGACCUGUUAGCAUUCACCGACCUCAUCAGUCGCAGAUUGAGGGGUAUUUGAUCCUGAUUUUAGCGAGACGCUUGAAUCGGGCUUAUGGAUGGAGUGUGGAUUCGUUUGUCACAGAGUAA